GAUUAUAAAAUCACAAUUCAUAGGAGGGCGAAGUGGUUACCGGUUUUGGUCAGCCGCGCGAUUGGGCUAGGCUAGGGAGGCGGGGUCGGGUCAACAAUUUCUGCUCAAACUCUUUAAAUCUGGAGGUCUAUUAGAGUUAUCACACCAUCAAACUACCCAGCUUUGGAUGAAUGAAGACCUCAUGUGGAAAGACUGCAGGUCAUCGCUCCAGAACUGAUGGAGCACGGACAGGUGUCCCUGCAAAUACAAUGAAGAAGAAAAGCUCUCAUAGGAAGCAACGACAUGAUAUUGGUUCCUAUAUGCCCAUCCUCGACCCCCAACAAAACAUUGUUGGGUGUAGAAUACGACACAACUGGAAAGAAGACCACUUCACUCCGGUCUCUCGAUGGAAAGGAACGGUCUUACACCAAAUCCCAGUGAACCCCUCUCUUUAUCUAAUCAAAUAUGAUGGCUUUGACUGUGUUUAUGGACUGGAGAUUCUCAAAGAUGAGCGAGUGCAAGGGCUUGAAAUUUUACACGAAAGAAUCGGCCCAUAUCCUGUUAAUGACGCCCACUGGGCAGCCACUGUGAUGGGCAAGACUGUUGGGCACCUUUUUGAAACUGAUGAUGGAUCAAAAGACGAAUGGAGAGGGCUGGUGUUAGCGAGAGCUCCCAUCAUGUCCAGCUGGUUUUACAUUACUUAUGAGAAAGAUCCUGUUCUGUACAUGUACCAGUUACAUAAAGACUUUAAAGAAGGUGACCUAAGGGUACUGUCACAUUCAAAUGAUUCUGUUGUGGAGAGAGAGCCCGGGGAAGUGAUUGAAAGUCUAGUUGGAAAACAAGUGGAGUACAUCAAAGAGGAUGGCAGCAAGAGGAUUGGUACCGUCAUCCAUCAGGUUGAAGCCAAGCCGUCUGUGUACUUCAUCAAGUUUGACGACGACUAUCACGUGUAUGUCUACGAUAUGGUUAACUCAGCUUAG